AUGAAUAAAUCCUGAUAACGUCGCAAUUGCUGAUGCCUUCUGAUUGAACCGUGGCAACAAAAGGGCCAUCGUUUCUGGUGAAGAAAUCAAGGAAGAAGAUCGCUAUCGGACAACAUUCCACAACAACGCCAAAGAUAGACACCGUAGUAGCUAAAGAUAAACAAAACAAGUGGUUGUAAAGAUGGCGCUGGUUUUGGGCCUGGCAGUGGCUCAAGUGAGCGCUAGUGAAUCUCAGUACAGCCACAGCAACCUGAACGGAUCGCUCCUGAAUCCAGAUAACAUCAACGAUGACCUGAGGAAGGUGAACUCUAACAUCAUCUGGCUGCUAGCUGCAGCUGUGCUGGCGUGUGGCUGGGUCCUGUAUCUCACGUACUACAACUCUCGAGUCCUGGGUUUCAUUCUCACACGGAUACUCAACAGAUUUGUCAAGAACUGCCACGUGAAUGUUGGUUCAUUUAGUGUGUCAGUGCUGUCGGGAAAGGUCAUGUUCCGGGAUGUUCACUACAUUGAUUAUGAUAGAUCCAUCAGAGUUCAAGAUGGUGUAGCAAUAUUUCGGUGGUGGAGACCAUACAUACCACGAGAGUCAAAAUAUGACCCAACUCCAAUGGACACUCGGCUGAAUCUGUACCUGAAUGGGUUUGAAUAUCACAUCUACAACCGCUCGGAUGUUUACGGAAAGCUGGAGAAGGCCUUUGGGCUAGACCAGACCAUGGGCUUCGAAUACGACCCACCUGAGGAUGGCAAACAAGGAGACAGAGGAUCAGAGACACCAGAUAAUGGCGAGGAAGAAGAAGCAGAAAAGGAGCCCAUAUGGCGAGACCUUAUUCCGUUCAUUAAAGCAGACAUCUAUACUGGAAGGAUUGUGUUUGGUAACCGACUGAUCCCGAGUACUCUGUGUGUGAACUGGGAGGAGGCAAAGCUGGAGUACACCACCAAGUGUGCUCACAACCCUCUGGACAAGUACACCCAUUUCAUCAAGGCCGAGGCUGAGAACGUCAGGGUCAUGCUGUCCAAGAGUCCCAAGUAUGAGGGAGACAUGGAGGAGCCUCCUCGUUUUAUGGGAGAGGGUUUUGUGGUGUUGCAGUCAGGAGAUGUUAUUGUGUACUACUACUGGGAUGAACCAGGCCGUAUGAAGGAUGAGAUACCGGAGAGCACAAACCCAUUUGACAUUGACAUUCCCCCUGUCUGGAGAAUGGACAUCAAAUGUGGGAAAGGAACGGACAUCAGCUAUGGGCCAUGGGUGGACAAACAGAGAGAGUUUCUACAGAAGUUCUUUCUGCCUGCCGACUACCAGUCCUUAGAGGUGACAGAGCCGGUGACAACAGGCCAGCUCAGACAGUACACCAGCUUUGACAUGUCCAUGCAUCUACAGAACGAUGCUACCAUCGACAUUCUCUUCUCCAAGAAAAAGGAGACCAAUGCUAUCCACAUGAACGUGGGUCGAGGGUCGUGUAUUGAGAUGACCAUCCCGUAUGUGGUGGAGGAGAGUGGGUACGUCACCAAGGUUACCAGUCGGCUGCUACACCUGGACGCUACCACCAGUCUGGAGUACAGGUCUCUACUCGAGGCUGAGACUCUCGAGAUAUCGAUGGAUGUACACUACCCCAUCGUGUGGAACCAGCCACAGCUGUGGUCCUGUGACAUUGUGGCCUGUAAAACAACAGUCAACUUCAUCUUCGCACACAAGUUCUUCAUUAUGGAUCUGAUAGAUGACUGGGGCAGUAAGACCAUUCCAGACAUCAUGAGUUUUGUGCCGUACACGUGGAGGUUCAACGUGGCUCUGAAGGAGUUUGAGUUUAUCCUGGUCACCAACCAGUACAAUUGGAUAGACUGCUCCUCCCUGAAAGACAACGAGAAUGGUAACAUGGCCAUCGGAGGAGAGAGAGUGGACAUCUCGUUUGACCUACCGUUCACUGACUUCCUCCCUGAAACUGUCUGCAUCAACUUUCUCAUCCAGGGCAAGUCUCUGGAUGCACGGUUGUUCCUCCCAGAGAUGGACACCACCCGACACUGCCUGCUGUCCCUGGUCAAGAACAGCAGAUACAACACAUCACAGGACACUGUGGACUCCGACAAGGGAUGGAGAAACAUCACACAACUGGGUGCUGGUUGGGUGGACACAUGGCAUGUGCCUGCCAUGAACAUGUGUCUAGGCUACACCUACCAUCCCAUCAUGCCCGAGGAAAUCAAAUCAAAAGUGUCAGACAUAGAAGAAGAGAUGCUGUCCAGUUUGCGACCGACGCCCCAGGGCACACCAGAAGUCAGUUCCAAGAGGAGAGUCAAACUGUCCCCCUCCAUGGUUGACUUGGACCUGUCCAGUAUCAGUCCUGACAGGAUAGAUGUUGAGGUGGAUGUGGCACCGUCUGUUGUCACCCUGUAUGCCACCUUCCUGCGCAUGUUCUUCAACUUUAAGGAAAACUACUUUGGAGCUGACAUGAAGUUUACAGACUUGGCUCGACACGGGCGAGACCCAGACAAAGUUGAGGAGGAGGGGACCGCUCAACUGGAGGAGCUUCUGGCCAACCUGGUCACACUGCGCCCCCUGGCAGUUACUGUGCAGAUUGCAGUCAAUGAUGUGACUGCCAGAAUCCCUCGGCAAUGCAGUCCAGGGGAUCCACCGUGCCCAACCCUGCACUUUGACAAGCUGUGUUUUGAGAUGAGGAAGAACUACUACGAGACGUUACUGCAGCUGCACAUAUCCCCUAUCACAGCCUCCAUCACCGAUAAUAUCAAGAGACCGAUGUCUGAGGCGCACCUGAAGGAUGGACAGCUGCACCUGUCAGGGUUACAGAUGCGGGGACACGCCAUGUUCUCAGACAAGGACCGCCCGCUGGGCAGCGAGACGUUAGAGUACGCCUGGCUCGUACAGCUGCAGCUGGGUGAAAUCAGCGGCAAGAUCACACCUCCACAUAUUGAGAGUAUCGUUGACGUGUUGGAGACUGCUCUGUUCCUGUUUGAUGCCAGCGAGUCAGACUUCAUGCGCCCGCUACCGUUUGAGUUCUGCCAACACGACAAUCCCCAGCCCAGCUGUCCUUACAAGGACGACUACCCCUUCCCCUGUCCUACAGAGUUCCUGGUCAAGUACAAGAUGCUAACCCUGGAGGUUCAGAAGGUGGAACUGUUUGUGGUGGAAACUGGCUGUGCGUGUCAGCUUCAGACCAGUUCUGUCCACAUCUCCAACUGUAACCUACACAGCCCUAAAGUAAAGGAGGGCAUCACUGUGGCCAUCCCAGAGCUGAAGAUACAUCAGUACAUCACCCAGACCUCCCCCUGUACCUUCAACCACUCCGCCCCACCCCUGGGGAGACUGGGAGGGGCCAGCCCCACCCCCCAGCCUCUCUGGUUAGAGGCAGGCAGUUUCUCCCUGGGCCCCAUACACACAGAGGUGGCCUUAGCUAUCGAAUGUCUGGAGCUACAGCAAGCUCAGGAUGACUUUCUGAGGAACCACGACAAGAAGUAUCAGAGACUAUGGUUCCUGUGGUCUCCUGAAGAGAUGGGUCUGACCAGGGAGGUCAUCAGCAAGUGUGGGUGUCAUGGCGGCUGUAUCUUCUUCAUCUCCUGGCAGGAACCAAUCACACAGGAGAACAGGGAGGCAGUCAGACAUCAAGCACCAAAGUACGGAGAGAGUCUGUUUGAGCCAGGCAUUCCAGCUCUCUGUCGCAACAGCCGCUGGAAAGCUUCUUACCGAGACUUGGACCUGAGACUGGACAGUAGAACCUCUGGUAGGAGGUCAGAAGACACUCUGUCCACUACCAAGGAACUUAACUCCUCCACCGAAACACUCAAGGCUACCCCGGGUACCAGAGUGUCCACAUGUACAACAAGCUCAACUACUACCACGUUAAAGGGUGGUUCAGUGUCUGAGCCAGGAACUCCUGUAGACAACAAGUCCCCACUGCUACUGCAGCACCAGGCUGAUCUGGUCAGCCCCGGCAGUCCACAGGAGACUGACCCUCUCCUGGUGCAGCCAAUCACCAGAGGACGUCUGGGCAGCGACAAGAGCCAGGUGACCACCGCCACCGACAAGUCCAGUAGCCAGACCAGCGUCCACUUUGCUUCCGAGCGGUCCUACAUCGCCGAAUCCCUGCCCCGGAGAGCCGGGUCCAAACAGUCAGUGCAGAGCGACCUUCCGUUGUACCGUAGCCACCACACGCUGACGUCGGGCAGCUCCAUGGUGUCCGUCGAGUCGUUCUACUCUGCCGACGAGGAACUGGGGAGCAUCACGAGUGAGGAGGUGUUCAGCGGGCGAGACAUCCGGCAGUUACACGCAGCUACCAGAUCCGUAAAAAGCACGCCGCUCUUACACAAACGCAGCAUCUCCGUGGCCUCUAACCAGUCCUUCCUGUCGGCAGUGUCCACUCAGGAGGACCUGGUCGACUACGACAUUUCCGAAGACGUUUCAGUCGUAAACAUGCCGAUAACGGCAGACGGAGACCUGAUGUCGUUAUACGCCAAGCACCUGACACAAUGCGAGGCUGUGAACUGGAACCCUACACAGGCUGGAAACGCAGCCGCAAGAGCGGCUGUUGUAGAGGAGGAUUGUGGGACGAAAAGGACCAAUCACAUCAAGACAAGUUGGAGCGAAUGCCCACCCACACUUCCAGUCUUCAACACGUUAAACAGUGGCAUUUCUUCUACAACAGUGGUUUAUAAGGAUGAAGUUGAUGGAAUGCACGGUGGAGAGUCACGUCAGUCAUUUGACAAGUCCAGACAGGGUUCAUAUGAAGAGGACUGCCCAACAACAGGAACUGGAGACAGUUUAGAAGACCAUGUGUCUAAAACUGGAGCCAUUGUAAAAGUGAAGGGCUCCAUCAACAUCCUGCUGUCUCCCCUAGCCCUGGAAGCCACAGAAAGGCUAGUAGAAGCUGCCACCCCCCAGCUGCUGACCCUGCAUGCCUCAGCAGUGGUGGACAAACUGCACAGUAAGUGUCUGCGGGAGGUGCAGUGUCAGAACAGGCUGUCUGCCGAGGGGAGGGCCGCAGGCAAUUGCAACGGGAACGGGGACGAAGGGUCAGGCAUCCCCACCAGCAAGACAUCAAGUCUGCAGAUCCUGGUGUCAGUUGCAAGGAUCAACAUCUCCAUCCUGCAAGCGUCAGUUGCUGGCUCCAAGUCAGACCUGUACCUGCAGGGUCCGUGUGCAUCCCUGGCCGUCCUGUCUCUGGACUCCAUCACAUGUCAACUGCUACACUACAGCCAGUCACUGAAGGCCGGCGAUGACGAAGACUUGUUACCAGACAAGGAGGUUCCCGAGAAGAAGAAGAGGAAGAAGGAUAAAUACAGUAGCCAGGUUGGUAGUGAUGGUGUGGACAGCAUGCGUGUGAGAGAGAUCCAGAAGGAAGAGGGUGCAGCCUAUAUCCACCUGGACAGGAUUCAUGGCCAGCUCAGGUGUCUGUCUCCCUCCAACACUGAAGUCUGCACCUUUACAGCUAUUCCUACUGACAAGUCCAAGGUCAUGUUUCUGGUGCAGCCUGGAACCCAGCCAGUUAGGACGAGCCACGAGAGCCUGGCAGAGGAGGCCAGAGACACGCUUCACCAAGAGACCUGCUCCCAGAUGGUGGCCCUCCAGGGCGGCUGGAUCAUGUUCGAGUGCGGUCUGGAAGACAUCACCAUCCGCGGCGGCCGCAGAAUCGGUUUCGAAGAAGCCGAAGACAGUCCCGACUUCCACGGGAAGUCCGCUUCCUCUACCGUGCCUCCAGAAGAACCGACGUCGGAUUCGACGGAAACGAUCGACUCCACAAAAACGGUGUGUAACAGCGACAGUUUCAGCUCGCACAGAUGGCGGUCGCUGGAUGAGAUGGAGAAUGGGGAGGAGGAGAUAGUGGCUGAGCUGAAGGGGGAUGCCAGUAACGCUGUGGUCUCCCUAAAUACCGUCUGGCUCAACUUUGCCUCACCGUCUUCUUCAGCACAACACAGACAGACUGAGGAUAUAAGCACCCUGGACUACACCCUCCUGACAACUGUGGCACCGACCAUCUGUGCCUGGCUGUCCCCAGCAGACCAGCUUAAACAGGCUCUACACGAUCUGGCACACGGCUACAGACACAGGACCUUCGCUGUCAUCGGCUGCAUCAUGACAGACGCACUGGAGUUCCAGGGUCUUCACAUGUCCUCAAAGAGCAAGAAUUACAGCAAACUGACCAACAGCUCCAGAAUCCUGCUCGACAACCCCUCCUGUCGACUCAUGACGGUACUGCGGAAGUACAUCAACAAAAUUGACAUUACAGCCAUUGAGGAUGCAGUGAAGUCUAGCUCCAUCCCACCCCUGUCUACCCUGGAGAAAGGCCUGGUGGCCCUGACUCGUCAGUGGAAGCACCUGGUCAUCACGUCGGCGUUUGCAGGGAUGGGCUUCACCAACCGCAGAAGACUGGCUCCCUUCACCGUCACCUUUCUGGAGCCAGAGACUCGGGACGAGGUGUUUUCUGAAGGGAAGGAUGGAGAGCAAGGAGAGGGAUUUCCAGAAACAGACUACGAUGCCUCAGAGCACACAUUCCUGCUUGGCGCUGACGCCAAGGCGGGGAUAUCUGGAAUAGACAACCUCUCUGGGAUGGGAAACAGCACUGGUCUCCAAAUGGACAAGAAACCCUCACAGAUGAGCCUAGCCGACACAUACAAGAGCGGCGACUCUGCUAGUGAUAUCAAGUCUAGAGAUGCCAAUAGACAAGCUGUGCCUCUUGUUGCCACCCUGUCGAGCACAGGAUCCCUCCGGCGAAACCGCCACGAGAGCCAGGUCAGCCAUGUCAUGGGCAGCGUGGACAGUCUGGAUGCCAGCGGGCCUAACACUCCCCAGAGGAAGCUCAAGGGCUCUUUCUCUCGUGCAAGUGGAGCGUCCAUCAUCCCGCGGCUGACCCUGGAUAAGGAGUUUAACCUGUACAGCUGGAUGUCUGCUAGCCUGGCUGCCACACGCUCCACCUCUGUACCCAUGCACGAUGUGGAGAUGGGGGGAUUCAGCACCGCAGGGCCCGGAACUAUCUCCAACCAGCCUUCAGGCUACCAGUCCCUGGCCAGUGACAAUCACAGUGAGCUGUCUGGUGUGACCAGUAACCCCAGUCUGUCUCCUAAACACAUGGCUAACACUGUACAACUGGCAGACCCACAGGUUAUAUUCCAGCCCCUCCUCAGCAGUCUGGGCAUUGACACACAGAAACAGAGCGCCAUGCCUGACGUCAGCAAGCUCCUCAGUAAGAACGUCGCGCUCACGGGAAAGCUGCGCUGUCUCCGCGUCGACAUCGUGGACGCUGACCCCACCGGUUUCGCCGCGUGGAAGCCCAAGGGCAAGCCCAAAACCGAGAAGAAGUUCACUCGCUUCUUACUGGAUAUGAAGCCUCAACAUCCAGCCUUGCUUUUCGAAGAGUUUAUUGUAGAGUCUUCAAUAAGGGACGUAAGCGGGAAAAAGACAGAGACGCAUCAGACCAGCAACGACACAGAGGGGUCGGCAGCGAACCAAGGUAGGCGUCGGUCAACCGUCGCUAGUAUCGAGUUCAACAAGGGCGACAACUGCGUGGAGGUUUUCUUCAGCGUACACUGUGAAGGAAUCACGCAGCACGUGGACAUGGCACUGCUGCAGCUGGCAAAGCAGUUCUACGCCAUGACGGAACACAUCAAACAGACCGAGACAGAGCUCAAGGUCAACAGGUACAUGGUGUCUGCUGCCACGGCCAUCAACAGACCUGGCCAUAAGAAACAGGACUCGCACGGGUCAGACCUGAGUGGCCAGAGUGGGGAGUCCCAGUCCCAGCCCAGUAACAGUAAACAGUCUGAGUCAGGCAGCCAGGCAGGCACAGACAACCAGCCACCAAAAACACCCAUUAGAACCGACAGCCAGAGGAGCACUGCAUCAGAGGGGAAAGUCAGCAUCGAGCCAAAACGCAGCUUCACGCACAGAUCCAGGCUACCCUCCCUCAAGGGUAGCCGCAGUAGCCUGAAGAAGAGACUAGCAAGCCCGCGGAUUGGGAAGUCACUCCGGUACCACAGACAGUUUUCACAGGAGUCCACAGCGGUCUCCAUCAACGAGGAAACGUCCAUAUCAUCGUCGGAACAGAGCGAGACCUUAGCAAAGUGCUGGCAGACGAUGUACCAUCUGAUUGACUUGUACUCUAAUGUGUCUGAAGGCCUGCAACUGUCUCAUGUCAAGGACAAGACUGAAGACAUAAGAAUCAAUAUUGAGGACAAUCUGACCACCAGUGGCCAGCAGUCCUCAGUCCCGGAGACUCCCCGUCCAGUUCCGGGCAGUCCCACGGCUGAAGACAAGCUAAACCGUCUGCUGACCAUGUCGUCCGGAGGGUCAGACCACCCCCCCAUCCACCUGGUGGGCACGGUGGGGGUGACCAAGAUGAGACUACUGGCAGAGUUUGCAGGGUUGAACCUGGAGGCUGAGAUGAGUGGGAUGCAGGCCUCUGUUGGGCACAGGGAGAAGACAAAAGGCACCCAGCGGAAACAUGUUGUGGAAACCUCCAUCACAGCCCACGUCCAGAAAACUGAGCUGGCCAUCUUGGAAGGCCUGUAUCCUGCCAUGCAGACUGUGGUGAGCAUAAAGAUUGACAGGUCCCAGUGCAUGUACACCAGUUCCAACCGGAAGUCAAAGGAGCGUAACCUGGGCGUCCUGAACGUGGGGAUGAUUGACGUGGACAUCCCGCAGCACCCUGUCGCCCUGCACGGUACCGUCACCCGCAGCUCCAAACAACUGUCAUCGCAGAUCUCAGAACUCACCAGGCAACCUAAAGCCAGGUCCACAGAUUCAUCUAGUAACCUGGAGAGCAUGAGUCAGCCCUCCCCACAACAGCUCCUGCCACCCCUGGCAGAGAUUGAUAACCUUCCUCCAGGAGCCAAGCAGCCAGCUAAGAAACCUUUCCUGCUCAACUUCAAGAUUGUCAUGGAUGGGCUGGCUAUAGGGGCAUCUCUGCUGCCUUCACUCAAGGCUGAAUACAAGAUUUCCCGUAUGUUAAGUUCUGGUAUGACAGGAGACCAGGCCAGGUUCACUAUAGACCUCCCUAUGCAUACUCUGGGCUUUGCCUCCAAGGUUGUCCAUCAGGAGUACAACCUGCCGUCUUCAGCCAGUGUGGAUCUGCCUCCCAUCCACGUCUCUGGGAGCUACAAGACCAAGACUAUCCAGGUUCCCAACACAGUAGCCCCAGGCAUGGUGUCUGUGUGCACAGGCUACCUACUGACCCAGGCUGAGGUGGGCUCCUUUGAACACAUGCUGACAACAGACCUGCUCAACCAUCUACUGUUUGUACAGAAGGUCUUCAUGAAGGAAGUGAAUGACGUAGUUCAGAAGGUGUCUCGUGGAGAACGUCCCGUCGCGCCCUGGAUGGAUCGUAUCCACUCCAGCGACUCCUACAAACCUACCCAGGUCCUCUACUCACUCAAGUUCAGACUCAAGGGGAUCCAGGUGACAGCCACCACCCCAACCUCCAAUGCUGUACGCCUGGAAACAGGGAUUGUGGAGUUAGAGCUGUCCAACAUGGUGGAAGUGGGGGAGGGCAACGGGCAGCUGAAGAAAAGUGGAAGUCAUCUGAAGCUAUUUGGAAAGGCUCAUGUGGACCUGAACUUGGCACUGGGACAGUUAGUGGGGAACCAGAUAUUUGAGGAGGCAGAGCCAGAGUUCCACCAGAUGGCGUAUUUUAAGACCAGGAUCGGCCUGAGGAAUGCCCUGCAGGAUGAGAUGUCCACCAGUCGCGGGAUGGCCGAGGACAAGACAGCAGUCCUCAUCACCCUCACCAGACCCAUCUUCUACGUACAACCGGCUGCUUUUGACAAAGCUGUAUUAGUGUGGCUGAACUACAAGAAUGCGUAUGAGUACUGGAAUGAGCAGCGUAUGGCUCUGAACCAGGAGGUUCAGGCUGCCACCAGUACACUGAUAGACAUGCUGCCACAGAUCAGUCCCCAGGGACCCCCCACCCUCGGCACGCUCUUCCUACAGCUAACAGUCAACGACCUGGGCAUCUGUUUACCUGUCAACAAUGCAGGAACACAGAUGUUGGGAGUUGGAGGAACCCCCCGUCAGUUUGCCAGCACCACCCUAGACUACGACCCAGGUGCAGCCCUGGUACUGACCCUGGAGAGUUCCCUCAUCACGGCCUGCUCACGUGACGCUCUCGUCUGCAGCGGACACGUCAAGGGCUUCUGUCUGCGCUUUGCCGACGACUUCGAGACAUCCUGGGACGAGUGGAAAGCUGACCCUGCUGAAGGCAUCAUCAUGAAUGCAUUUACUGUGCCAGAGGGUACAUAUGAGGUCUGCUCCAAGACAGUUGGUCUUCAGACAGUUGGAGGCAGUAACAGUGGGAAGUGGGUACUGGACAUCCUGUGGAAGAUGUGUGGACUGGACAUCCAGCUGGACACUAACAUCGGGAAGUGCCUGUCUGCCCUGGGGAACACGCUGACCGCCAUCGCUGGGGAGGAGGAGGGGAUGGAUGACCAGGAUGUGGAACUGGCCGAGGAGGCAGAACAAGCCGAGGCUGGGAUGGACCAGCUGCCUCGCAGGCCCAGUAGCCUGGCUGUACCACUCCCAGGCAGCAGCAAUGAGGCAGAGAACGGACAUCGGAGACGCUUCCGCUUCAUGGAGCAGCAGAUGAAUGAACAAGCCAGGAUUGUGAAAGAUCUCAAACAGCUGGGUGCGAGACAGGACACCAUAGCUCAGGAGGCCCAGCGUCUUAAGGAACUGGAGGCGGCUGUCUUCUAUGACUUCCGCAGGGACGUGCGCGAAAAACUCCGCAGGACAAGUGUCAGGCAUGCCACCUCACUGAAGGACAAGUGGGGACUUGGGUACAAGCCCUCCCACCGGCGCACCAAGUCCCAUGGGGCAGUGCUUGGGGCUGCCGCUAAGAAAAAGCCCCCCAGAGACAGGCCACGCACCGAGGCCGUAGAUGGUUUGCAUGGGGAGCUUUUGGUCCCGUGUUCAACUCCCUCCACUCCUCUCAAUGAUUCUGUUUUCACUUCCCUUGACUCAUCUGCACGCCAGUGGUCUUCUCCACUCUCCACCACCAUUGACGACCCAUGCCAACUGUCGGCAUAUAACAGUGAGGAGGACCUCCACCCAGAACCAGCCUACAAGGUCCCCUCUCUCCCAGACAACCUGGACUCAAGUGGAUCCUCAGAGAACGACGAGGAACUAGACAAACACUAUCUCAUAGAAACUCAGAGACGUCUAGCCAUGGAUCCCUCCGUCACAUCCCUGGACAGAGGCACCCCCCCUCGCAGUAACCAGUCCCCCCCUCGCAGCCAGAGCCCCCAGCAGGGGAAGUCACUGACCCCCCAGCCCUCGGUGGUGGAACAGAACAUUGAGUUUGAGCUGGAUGUAAAGGUGGAGAUUGACAGUGGGAAAUGUGUUCUUCACCCUCAGUCCUCCAAUCUGGAAGAUGACAUGAAUGGGAGCAGUACCAAACCAGGAGGAAAGAACAGGAAGAUGGGUAUGAUGUACCAGACCUCGGCCCUGGACAUCACCCCGGCCACCAGUAAGAAACACCUGCUCAAGAACCAGAUGUCUGGCAACCUGGCCUCGGCCAACAAGAGUCGGCUGGGACAACAUCAACACGCUGGCUCCGAAGUCACCAUCUUCUAUCUACCUGCUGUAGACGUCAAGGCCCACUACAACUCCAAGACCCACAGACAGGAUUCCCCUGGCCCCAGCAACAGUAAGGAAGACAGCUCUCUCCAGGACCCUGCGGAUGGCAAGAAGAGGGUUCCUACUGGCAUGAAGAGGGCUAGUCUGUACGCCAUGCUGGCUCUACAGUCUCUCCCACAAGAAACAGUGGUCAGCCCCUGCCUGCUGGACUUCCUGGAGCAGACACUGGACGUGCUGCCGGCCUCACCAACUGACCCCAGGAUCGCCGACAUGACUGCAAGUGCUCGAACAGCUAUGGACAGUAUGUUUCCUCUGGACCUGGACACGUCCAGCACCUCUCUGGGUACCAGCUAUGGCUCCCCCUACACGUCCUUCCCCGUGGACGUCAUCGUGUGUGUGCGUGUCCAGCCCUCCAUCAUCCGCUUCAACUGCCUGCCCCUGUCCCGCGUGGAGUGUCUGUUACAGGUCCCUCUUCUCGACCUGGUCUUCUCCUCCAUGACAGCCGGAUUCGAGAUCCGGGAAGAUGACACGGAUGCCGCAAAGGCACAGCCGCCGUUGCUGAAGAGAAAAAGCAGCCAGAGACAAGUGACGUUCCAGCGCCCGCGAGGCUGGAGCAACCUCAGCUGUAACUCCACCGACAGCGACCACCAGGAGGCCGGCGUGGCGGGACGCGGCGGGCUUAACUUCACCGCCGGUAUGUCGGACUUCUCGCUCUUCAUCUUCCACCCGUACGGCGGGCAGCAGAAGAAACACGCAGGCAUGGGAACACCCAUGGAGGGGGUCACAACAGAUUCGCCAUUGGAUGCAGGACCAUCCGCCACGGGGCGUAAGGAUUCACUAAGCCUCAAUGUGGAGUUUAUCAAGGUGAACCUGAGUCGGAGUAAGCGAGCGGCGCCGACCGCGGACCCCGGUCUCCACGCCAGCGGCAGUAUGAGCAGCGGACGACUACGAGACCUGAUGUCCACACCGUCGGUUCAGCUUCAGCAGACACAGGACCCCGCAAAUGUACACAUCGACAUAUCUGUUUACGUGCAGGACCAGUUUACGAUCCUGGCCUUCCCACGAGCCUGGUAUCGUCGGAGCAUCAUGAGACGCCUGUUCCUUGGCGACCAAAUGGCCACAAAAAGGGCUCAAAGUCAGGCUCCUACUCCCAACCAAACCUUUUCCACGUCGCCCAGCUCGGUCCCUGUAAACCUCCCGUCCCAGCCUGCCUUCUCCUCAGACACACCGUCAUCCGCCAUCUUCCCCUUCGUCCCACCGUCCCCCAGCAUUUUCAGUAUCAAGACGUCCGGUCAGAGUCCGACGGCGCCCGCGAAGAGCCCCGUAACGGGGCCGGGACGCCGACAUUCGGCCUUCACCGCUCCACACGGUGUGGAAGAGACAGGAAGAACUAAGAGACAUUCUGUUGCAUCUCCGCCCACCCUGGAGAGACACCACAGCCGGGUGGAGGCCCUGAAGACAGACCAGAGCCCGGAGACCUCCUCCCCGGCCGGGGGGAAGACUUACCCUGCCUGGGAGACUGUCGUCCUGUUCGCUGUCAAACUGUCUCGUCUGGAGGUCAACAUGAACAUGAGCAAUGUCAUGGGAAACACUGUGUGGCUGACCCAGGAGCUGUGCAGCCAGGGCCGGCUGUGCAUUGCCAGCACCGGGUACAAGAACGUCAGCAUAACGGCUGGCCUGGACAGCUCCACACUGGACGCACGGGGAGGGGUGGUCGGUGGGAUCAUCCAGAUCUCCAAGAUCAACACAUCAGUGAACCUCCAUGAGAACCCGGGUGAUGAGCCCACCCACAGGUGUAACUUUGAGGUGAAGUCUGCCGACACGCGGCUGGACUACAUGGGAGCCGCCAUCUUGAUGGCACGUCUUCACCAGCUCACCGUCAGUCUGAAGGAUGAGUGGAAGGUGGAGGCCCUCACACCUAAGGCUCCUCACAUAUAUGAUGAGAUGGGGGAGAAAAGUGCCAUCUUCAUCCAUGGUGACUUGGACUGGGACCGUUUCCACCUGAUGAUUUCUCGCUCGACCACGCCGGACCUGAUCAAGGUGUGCCACCGUCUGGAGGAGUUCUUCACACAGCAGUUCAACAGCAGCCGCAGGAUGUUGUCACAGUGGGGCCUGCACGGGGUCUACAUCCCACAGCCCUCCAGUCUCACUCCUGUCACACCAGAACCGACAGACAAACCCAACGAGCUAGCAGAAGCCCACCACCACCGCCACUGGCCGGCUGUACUAGCGCGUGUGUGUGGGUCCAGACUCAGCCUGUUCUCCGCCGCCCUCCCCCUACACGACCUCGUCCUGGGCGGGACCAUGAAUCUCCGCGGUAACGACCUGACCCUGGCCUGCUUCCAUGGGGUCAACUUCCGAGCCAAGUCUUGGGCGCUGUUUAACGUCCAAGAACCCAACAUCUCCUUCUGUACUGAGGUCCAGGAAAUCCAGGAAGAAGAUGGCAGCAGAUCUGAUACCUACAUCGUGCAGAAUCUGUCCUUCCACAUCGGACACAACGUCUGGGUCACCAGCGAGAAGGACCAGGCCAACCCCAUGGCAACCAUCCGCAGACUGACCUGUGGCCGCUACGACAACCCUCCCCCGGGAGUGGCCAGCGUGCACGAGUGGUUUAACUACGUCAGCGCAACCAGGAAUGAAGAGCUGGACGUGUUCAAGAGUCCUGAGGACAUGCAGACCAACAGCCCGCCUGUGGAGCGUAAACUCUUCUCCUCCAGGAAGAGCCUGGACUACGGCCACGAGACAGAGACCAUCUUCGCCCUCCCCAAGCUGCAGCUGGAGUUCAAGACUGAACAUGUCCAGGGAGAGAAGGAGCCGCAGGCAGCAGAUCCGAUGCCCAAAGUUGUGUGCAGUUUUGUGACAGAGUUUAUUGACCACAUCUGUGUUGCCAUGGACGCUGAGCUCAUCCUCUUCCUGCACGACCUGGUGGCAGCUUACAUCAAAGAGAAGGAGAGAGCUUUCCCUUCAGGUAUCCGUAACUCCACAGCCAUGAACCGCAGGUCCAGACAGGACUCCAAAGGGAAGGAAGGGAGUGACCCUGGCACUGAGAUCACCAAGGCUAAGGACUGGCGAGAGUUCCAGUGUCGAGUAUGGCAGCUCGAGCCUACUGUCAGACUGCUGUCCUGGGCUGGGAAGAGGAUUGACCCAGUGGGAGUGGACUAUAUUCUCCAGAAGCUGGGAUUCAAGCACGCCCGCGUCACCAUUCCCAAGUGGAUCCAGCGGGGCGCCAUGGAUCCCAUCGACAAGAUCCUGUCCAUCUUCCUCAACAAGAUGGUCAACGCACUGCGCGAGGAGCCAGAGGCAUCCUCAGAACCUGUACAGUAAAGGGGCCCGCAUUCCCUUUUCUGUAGAAUGUAAUCAGCCAAUUUUAUUUCUAUGUAGAGCAUAA